AUGUCUGUGGCUCGGCUAUCAAUCGAAGACAGCAAUUCAAAGCCAAAAAGAGCCAAAAUAGAGUCUCCACUGGUUCUGGGCUUCUCGACCGACGAUAAGAUCGGAAUUAUCCAACCCCAUGACGAUACUUUAGUGGUCACACUCAGGAUAGGGGGGUAUAAUGUGAAAAAAGUGUUAGUAGAUCAGGGAAGUGCUGUUGAGAUAAUGUACCCCGACCUAUACAAGAGGCUGAAUUUGAAACCCGAGGACCUAACAGCGUACGAUUCCCCACUGGUAAGUUUCGAGGGGAAGACAGUUACUCCCAGAGGUCAGAUUAGACUACCCAUACAGACCGGUUCGGAUGUGGUGGAAGUGAACUUCAUUGUGGUAGAUGCUUAUUCACCUUAUACAACUAUUGUGGCUAAACCUUGGCUUCAUGCAUUAGAAGUUGUAUCUUCUACCCUGCACCAGAAGGUGAAGUAUCCAUCUAACGGCCAAGUCAAAGAGAUUGUAGGGAAUCAAUCCAUGGCUAGGCAGUGCAUGGUGGCUACCACCUUGCAUAAGCCUAAUGCAGAGUCCUCGUCCUCUACUGAAAGGAACUUAUAG